GAACAGCUGACACGCAUGAAAUACUACGACAUGUUGCAAAUCUCUGGCGCCACCUUUUCUUCUCUGGCCACUCCGUGCGUUGGUCGUGUUUCUGAAGCGUGACGUAACCUGGUUCUAUCCCUCGCUUAUUAAUCAGAAAGAUGCAGAACGACACAGGUGAAAUAGUGGACUUGUACAUUCCUCGCAAAUGCUCAGCGAGUGGCAGAAUCAUUUCUGCGAAAGAUCAUGCUUCAAUUCAACUCAAUCUAGGUGACGUCGAUGAGAACGGUCGUUACACCGGAUCCACUAAGAUCUAUGCGAUCUGUGGCGAAAUCAGACGAAUGGGUGAAUCGGACGAUUGCUUGAACAGACUUGCAUCUGGUGAUGGUAUUGUCACGAAGGGAACACUUAUCUGAAAGUCGGGAACACUGUCCUGAAGACGUCACAACUCUGAGGAUUGAAUUCAUGUUUCAUGCUGUAAUAAAAUUGGCAUGGACUA